GGGGAAGCGGCGCCCCAAACUCCGCACUCACACUUUUAAGGCGGUAUUUCCCCCCCCCCAUCCCCUCCCCUCCCCUCCCCUCCAGUCCACCCCCGGGGGGGCGGCCGGCGGCCCCCGGCAGCGUGCUACCCGCAUGCACGUCGGGGCCGCCCCCGAGCAGCUCUUUCCCCCUCGGGAGCCCCCAGCCCGGCGGGGGCUGCCGCAGAGACCUCACAAAGUUGACGCGUUUUUCCAGCCGGCUGCUUUGCCCGGAGAGAAAGAGGGAGAUCUCUUUGGAAACAUGGAGCUGCUGUGCUGCGAGGUGGAUCCCAUGAGGAGAGCUCUGCCUGACCCAAACUUGCUCUACGACGACCGCGUUUUGCACAACUUACUAACCAUCGAGGAGAGGUAUCUGCCCCAGUGCUCCUACUUCAAGUGCGUCCAGAAGGACAUCCAGCCCUUCAUGAGGAGGAUGGUGGCCACUUGGAUGCUGGAGGUCUGUGAAGAGCAGAAGUGUGAAGAAGAAGUUUUUCCUCUGGCAAUGAAUUACUUGGACAGAUUCUUAGCUGUGGUGCCCACUCGAAAGUGCCAUCUGCAACUGCUGGGGGCAGUGUGCAUGUUCCUGGCCUCCAAGCUGAAAGAGACAAUCCCCCUCACAGCAGAGAAGCUGUGCAUAUAUACGGACAAUUCCAUCAAACCCCAAGAGCUGCUGGAAUGGGAGCUGGUGGUGCUGGGGAAGUUGAAGUGGAACCUUGCAGCAGUCACCCCGCAUGACUUCAUUGAACACAUUCUACGGAAGCUGCCUCUACCUAAAGACAAGUUGCUUUUGAUCCGGAAGCAUGCACAAACGUUCAUUGCCCUUUGUGCCACAGAUUUUAACUUUGCCAUGUACCCACCGUCAAUGAUAGCAACUGGAAGUGUGGGAGCAGCCAUCUGUGGCCUUCAGCUCGAUGAUGGGGACAGUUCACUCUCCGGUGACAGCCUAACAGACUUCCUGGCCAAGAUCACAAGCACAGAUGUGGACUGCCUUAAAGCUUGUCAAGAACAGAUUGAGUCGGUGCUAGUAAGCAACCUUAGGCAAGUCCGGCAGCAGCAACAGCAAAGCAAUCCUUCUAAGACGGUGGAUGAACUGGACCAGGCCAGCACUCCUACAGAUGUGAGAGAUAUCAACCUGUGAGGACAUCAGCACAGAAAGUCAUGCUUGCUCCCCCAGCCCUUUUAUUUUUGUUAUUAUUUUUAGAGUGAAAUCUUUUUUUUUUUUUUUUUUUAAUCUGCUCCCGUAUAGAACGUAUUUAAAGUUCUUUUAGGUAAAAAAAAAAAAUACAAAAACUGAAUAAUGAAAAAAAAACAUUUGGCGCCCAUGACGUUCUACAGAAGGGAAUCCCACAAUAUAUUUGGUAAUUGCUAUUUGAUUAUGUAUCAGUGAUAUUAAAUGCUUAUAAAAGCAUACAAGUAGCUAGAUAAAUGUAAGCCUGCAUUUGUGGGAAGAAAGUAGAGUAUACUUGUCUGUGUAUUAUGACCUAGUGCAUACACCCCUUUUUUAGAUUUAAGAAAGGAAUUGUGUGUGCGAUUUUAUGGCUUGACUAGAUUGCAAAGCAAUAGAAGAAGGGGCUAGGGCAAAGUGGGAAAAGGUCCCUGAAGCAAUUAAACCAUUUUGAAUGCAGAAGAGAUUUGCUGAUCUGUCACCUCUGUUAUUAGUCAGAAGUGUUUGUUGGAUCUCUGUAUGUUAGUUUUGUUUACUCUUGCUGUCUGUGGUAGCUGCUACCUAAGAAAGAAGAUGCUUUAUUUUGCCAGCCGGAAGAGCAGGUGUUUUUUUUGUUUUGUUUUGUUUUAAAUUCUCCUCUCCCGUCUGACUUUUUCUACUUUUCCUUCAGAAAUGGUUCAUUCUAAACACAGCAGCAUCUUUGGCAUAAGGGCAAUCCUCUUUACCCAACUGUGGGCCAAGCCAAAGUUAUCGAGUGCUCACGUUAGAUGGGGGAAAUGAACCGAUUAAUUUCGACCAGUCGGCUAAUCAGACCACCUCCGACCUUUGGAUUGCAAGAUGCAGUGGAUCAUCUGUCAAAAGCAUUAUAUUCCUUUACAGUGCUAAUGCUUCACAUCAAUGUUAACUUUUGACAGCUCCUUAGCUUGGUGUAAAGACAAUUAAAUGAUGCUCUGUCCAUCUUCCUUUUUAACAUAUCCUCACUGUGUUAAAGAAGAUGAGGUUUGGUAUGAUCCCUCUUCUGUCCACACAGCUUCCCCCACCGCCCCAUCACACCUUUUCAGCAUUUCAAUAACUUUAUUGAUCCACAGUGAGCGUUAUUAUAAACCAUUUCAUUCGAAAAGCACUUUGAAAAUUGUUCCUAAGGGAUUAAAUGAAAUGGUUUAUGACGAUUUUGCCAAGGAAAAAAAAAGGAAGAAAAAAAAAAGAAAAAAAAGAAAAAGUCACAAAAGCAAAGCAUUAUAGCUUUUUAGAGUCAAUAUUUUCCAGUAUCUGGUGUACUUUGUUAGUUGUGGUGUUGCUGGAAAUACCAACACCUGCUUCAGAUGACAUUCCUGUCAUGACAUUCCGGAUAAAAGCCUGACGAUUUGUAUUGUUCAGUGUCACAGAAGGAUCUUAAUACCACCUGCAUGCUUAUCCAUGGACAAUGAAAGAAAAUUGCUGGUGCACAAGACACAAGUGGUAAACAUCAAGGUGUGUGACUUGGAGUUUUAUUACAAAGGUGUAUUCAGUGUACUUGAAUUUAUUUUUCUGCUCCAUCUAUAAAGAAGAGGCAUUUAGAUGGCAAAGGAGUUGGAGCAAUUUUUUUUUUUUUUGCACAAUUGUAUUAACAGUUUGCAAAUAUACAGAAUGAAGCUGUUGGUUGAAAUGUUAAAUGUUUGCAUUUUUCAGACAAAAAUCCAGAACGAACAUGCUACUUCGAAGAAUAUUAUAUGAAUGGACUCAGCUGUAUUUGGCUAGAUGAGGGUAGAAAAUGGAGUAAGAUUCUAAGGUUUUGUUGGUUUUUUGUUGUCGUUUUUUUUUUUUUUUGCGCUGCUAAGAAGCUAUGAUUUGUUUCAUUCUUAUUCACAUUAACAGUACUUAGCUGUAUUGUUUCACUGAGUGUGCUGCUAUUUUAUAAACAUUUUUAUAAUAUAUUAUUUUACUGCUUAAAUUUCAAAUCCUGAAGUAGAUGGUUAAGUGGAGAUAUGAUGAGUUCUUUGAUUUACUGGAAAUGCCCUGUACAGGUUGUUUUUUUUUUCCUAAUAGCGUGUUCAUGAUUUUUUUUUAUUUUAUUUUAUUUUCCUUUUAUUUUCUUUCUUUUUUUUUUUUCCUUCCUGAUCACAUUCUGCAAAGAUGGUAUACUUACCUCAGGUUUACUGGACAAGACAAAAAUGGUUCCCAUUUUCACAAUACCUCACAACGUGACAGUUACUUUCUCCCCGCCGGGAGCCUCAGCGGAGCGGUCGGUGCAAGCGGCAGCUCUUGGGGCCUGCACUUUGGUCAGCGGAGCAUGGUCGCGCCGGCUGCGUCGGGGAGAAAUUGCAGCAAGCAGGGGCAUUGGCUCCCUUUGGUCUUAGGUGUCCUUUUCAUAGUGGAAAAAAUGCAUUGGUCCAAGCGCCUGUCCAGGAGCAUCCCCUGCGCCUCCAGGCCGUAAUCCUGGACACAUGGAUGACAUACCUGUGGUGGCUAUGCAUCUCCCUCCCAGCGCCCCUCUGGGCUGUCAUUACAGCAUGGUGGCCGAGCCCUUGGUGGUGUCUGCACAAGACAGGGUCCAUCACGGUGCUGUGCGGCCCCUGCAGGUUGUUAGGUGGGCAGCAAGGCAGCCACUGGGGUAGCCACUCACAGAAUCCUGCUGUUCAAAAUGGCCAUCACCUUGUGGAGGAUCAGGCCCAGCUGCCCCACUGCGCCCCAGUGGCCAGGUGCCAGCCCUCUGCCAGUCCCCUUGGAGCUCUCGGCUGUACUGCCCUGCAGCUCUUGGGCGCACCACAGCACGCUGUGUGGAGAAGUCUUCCUCUUGUUAGGUGACGGUAGCUGACGGUAACUGCUCUUAGUGAAGUUCGAGGGCCAAAGUGCUCUUCCCACUGGUGGCUUCUGGGGCUGCGGCAGCUUUGGGGGCAAGAGUGGUACCUUACAGUUUGCCAGAGCGGGUUUCAAAAGGGACAAACAGCAGUGUUGCUGGAAAACGGUGGGUGGAUGGCUUUGUUCUGACAGCGGUGGCUUUUCACACUGAGAGCAUGUGAAAUUCAGCAACUGCAUGACUCUUAGAUGAUAGUUUUGUGGAAACACCAUGAUAAGCAAGACUCCAGAACUAUGUGCAGCACACAUAUGAGGUGAUGUUUCCUGACAGAUCAGGUAAUUCCAUGUUAGUGUUUGCAUGCACGAAUUUUUGUGCUAAUCAGUGUUUCUCGGGGAAGUGCACCAGAGGAGUCUGCGAAUCAUGAGCGAAAUGCUACACAUGCUUGAUGUUAGCAGAGCUGCAUGCAGAAAGUGUGGGCACUGCAUGCAUCGCACUUAGGUGCUUUGCUCCCCUUUGUUCUUCCAGUCAGCAUGGCUGAGUAUAGGCAGGAGUAGUAGCUAUGGUGCCUGCCCCUACUCUUGAAAAGUACAGAAAGUUUUGUGGCAUCUUUAAGACAGCCAUUAGAACAUUGGCUUCUUGGCCCAGUGAAAACACAGGCAAGUCAGUGGACUGAAGCUUAGCGUUUUGCCCCAUUGGGGUUUAUUUGGUUGCAGGGGGAUGAUAGCCCACCCUGUGGUGUCCUUGUCCCCUGCGGGGCUCCCCACCAAGGCUUGUCUCUGCUGUGUAACCUCUUACGUGGGUCCGUGUCCACUCACAGUUUCAUAGGUUUCAUUGGAAAUCAGUGUAAGCAUUAAGGUCCACUCACCUCACCAUGGUGGUGAGCGCAAGAAGUGGGCACAGGAAUUGGGUUGGAAGUGGCAGCACCAAGUGGCAGCCCUUCAUGUGGCAGGGAGACCCACGAGCUCACCACGAGUGCUAGGAGUAUUGUCUUCUGCAGUGAUGUUCUUAAAAAUUAUGUGACAUACUUGAACAUUUUCACAGUAGCACCCAAAACAAAAAUACUGCAUAGUACCCCUUUUAACAGAUGUUAAUACACUGUUAUUGCAGAUGAGGUGUAAGAUUUCUCCCCUGAAUUGCAGAUAUCAUAAAAACUUCCUAUGGAUCAGAAAUAUAUGUAUAUAUAAUAUAUGUAUAUAUUUCUGAUUAUACUUUAAAAGUGCUAAAUGACUGGCACAACUGCUAAAACCAUUUGUGUCAGCUUUCUGUUGAUGGUACUUUGAUCUUCCCCUCCCACCCAUUACUGUAACGUAGGAGCACUUUGUAAUUGAUUUAUUUAUACUCCCAACAUGCUUGUGAAAGAGAAAAAUACUGAGUCCCAUUUUGAUGUCAAUGAUUUAUGCUUGAGUAAUUGGACAGCUCUAUACUCAGCAAACCACCUGGCCACUGGAUUUUUUCCACUAUGUUUAUUACCAUGUUCUCAUGUACCUCAGAAAUCACUCUCAGUUGCACAGUUCCUGUUUUCAUACUUUUUUUUUUUUUUUUUUUGCUUUAACGAGUGUGAUGCCAUAUCAAGUCAGCUAUUCUCUCACAAUGUGCUCUUUAAGAGGUGUGGAUGUUUAUAUGGUCAGGGGAUGCUAGAAAGUGUGGUAGUAGACAUGAUCAAUGUAAACAAAAGUAUUUAGAAAGUAUGUGAGAUUGUUUUUGAUGGAUAAGACUCUGAUACAGUGUAGUCUCGAUUACCUUUUAAAAGGUCUUCUCUGUUCAGUGUUGUCAUUUUUAUUAAUAACCCGUUGUUUUGACUAGUUUAAAGAUGGUUUUAAGAAAAGUGUUUUGGCAGGAUUAGGUAUGCUGUAUGGACAAUAAACUCACCUUGACCUAAA